AGCAAUAUUUGGUACCGUCUAUGGUAUCAAUACUGAACGGCUAUAUACUCAGCGGACUCCAAAGUACAGCCGUUGUUGCAAUUAUGCCAAAAGUGAAGAAGAGUCGCAGAAAGAGUGAAGCUUUGUGUCAGAUGGCUUCGGUGAGGAUGACUUCCGGGUCCCAGGCACCGUCGCGAACUGCUGGCAAAAGUACGGGAAACUUUUCAGAAACGAUCGUCAACAGAUUAAGACAGGCUUACAGUAAAGCGGCUGACGGUGCAAAGGCGAUGCAGAUGAAAAGGUACAUGCGUGACCAGUUCGAAUUCUACGGUCUUUCGGCUCCAGAGAGAAGAGCUAUAGACAAACAGGUCCUUGAUGACCUCACAUCGUUAGAGGUGGAGAGUCUCCGUCAGCUGCUGAGGUUACUAUGGCAACAGCCCCAGCGGGAGUUCCAGCUGUGCGGCACGGACCUGGCGAUCAGGUGCUGGCAGGUGCUGGCUGGGGAGGAGGAGGGGAGGUGUAAGACGUCACUGGACUGUGUGAAGGAACUCAUCACGACAAAGAGCUGGUGGGACACUGUGGACAUGCUGGCUAGCAAUGUGGUGGGUGAGUUUGUGCUGAGGUACCCCACCACCAUGGUGCCUGUGAUGGAGGAGUGGGUGGAGGAUGAGAACCUGUGGCUCAGAAGAACUGCUAUCCUGCACCAGCUCAAGGCUAAACACAACACCAACCAGGGCAGGCUCUUCAGGAUGUGUUUGCAAUGCUGCCAUGAGAAGGAGUUCUUCAUCCAGAAGGCCAUCGGCUGGGCUCUGCGCGAGCACCACAAACUUCACCCCCAGGACGUCAGGGAGUUCGUGCAGGACAACAGGCACAGGCUGGCCAAACUCAGUCAGCAGGAAGCACUCAAACAUGCGUAGGUUUCAGGGGCUGAAACACUGUGCAAC